GCCUGGAUUGACAUUAUUCAGUUGUGCCCGUUCGUAAAUCCGAGCUUGACGAAGACGCAUAGUGACAACGAUUUUCAUGUAGCAAACUGUUAAGGGAAUAAUACAUUAGAGUGUGUUUAUGGGCAAAACAAUCAAAUAAAUAUCUACGUUUAAAUAGUAUAGCAAGCCAAGUGACGUAUACACCAGCCAAGAGAGAGAAAUAACGCCACGAACUCGUGGAACAGUCACAAUUUGUCUGUACCUCAGCCCUAGUUGCAGAGCGAGAAGUCUGUCCACACUUAUUGCGGUCAGAUUGGAAAGAGAUAUACCGCAAAGUACCGCGCUACUGGCAUGCAGGAUACCUUCUGUUAUCUUGCAAAUACGCAUACGCUUUGUAAUCACCGAAACUAAGAAGAUUCCAAAGCAAGGUUGA